GGGCCGGCGCGGGAGGCGGAAGUGCCGCGGGCCGCCGCCUCCGUCCCGGCUGCUGCCCCCGCCGGUUACAUAACUCGUUGCGGGGCCCCGCGCGGCCCGUCCUCCCGGCUCCCGGCCGCCCCAGGAUGCGCUGAGCUCCACGGCACCCUCCGCUGCCGCCGGCUCCCGCCCGAGGUGUGAAUGACAGAGGUGGUGCCGUCCAGCGCCCUCAGCGAGGUCAGCCUGCGUCUGCUGUGCCAUGAUGACUUAGACACGGUGAAGCACCUGUGUGGAGACUGGUUCCCCAUCGAGUACCCAGACUCAUGGUAUCGGGACAUCACCUCCAACAAGAAGUUCUUCUCCCUUGCUGCCACGUACCGGGGUGCCAUCGUGGGAAUGAUAGUGGCUGAAAUCAAGAAUCGGACCAAGAUACACAAAGAGGAUGGAGAUAUUCUAGCCUCCAAUUUCUCUGUGGACACCCAAGUUGCGUACAUUCUCAGCCUGGGCGUGGUGAAGGAGUUCAGGAAGCACGGCAUCGGUUCCCUGUUACUCGAGAGCCUGAAGGACCACAUCUCCAGCACGGCCCAGGACCACUGCAAAGCCAUCUACCUGCACGUGCUCACCACCAACAACACGGCGAUAACCUUCUACGAGAACAGGGACUUCAAGCAGCACCACUACCUGCCCUACUACUACUCCAUCCGGGGGGUGCUCAAGGAUGGCUUCACCUAUGUUCUCUACAUCAAUGGCGGCCACCCUCCCUGGACAAUCUUAGACUACAUCCAGCACCUGGGCUCGGCGCUGGCCAACCUGAGCCCCUGUUCCAUCCCGCACCGACUCUACCGGCAGGCGCACAGCCUGCUCUGCAGCUUCCUGCCAUGGUCCAGCAUCUCCUCCAAGGGCGGCCUCGAGUACAGCCGGACCAUGUGAGGCCAGCCGGGCAGCCUCCGCCAGGCCCCGGUCCGAGGGGCCCCACGCGCGCCUGCCCUGCCAUCUGACAGGGCAGAUGUUCUACGGGCCCGGGGGCAGCACAUGGCGGGGUGCGCCCGGUCCCCGACA